AAUUAAGGAAGUGCGCGCGCGGGCCCCAGGGGGUUCGGGCGGUCACGUGACCGGAACCGUGCCGCGCUGGGGGCGGGUCUAGGAGAGCUGCUCCUGCGAUCCUAGCCUGGGAAACCCGUCACUCCGCUGGGUACCUGUUGGAGCCGCGUGUGUCUACUCUCACCGCCCGCGAGCUGCCCUGGCCUGGUGCUUUCCGAAAUCCGUCAAGUGCCCCGGAUGCGGUGUCCUGUGCUGGCCCGUGAGCGUCAGCAGCGCAGCGGCGGGGACCGCAGCCCGGCGACCCUGGAACCUUCCAGGUCUCCCACUGCUCAGCCAAUCAGCUCACCUGUGAAUGAGAACCAAGAGCCCUGGGUGAUGAAGACAGAGGAGAUUGUAGCAAAGGAUCCAGUGUCCACGAUCAGUUCCAAGCCAUUCAUGGUGACAGUCUUCUGUAACUCAGAUUCUGAAGGAUGUAUUGGCCUCUUAUGGCCACUGCAGGCACUGCAUGUAAGAAACACACGCUUACCUCCAGUUUGCCUAUUCAAGGGAGUGGCCUUUCCCCCAGGUGAUGUGGCAUCCCCAGAGAGAUUUUCGGAUAAUCAUCACGUAAGUAGCUACUGUAGAUUUGAUUGCAUCUGGAGGUAUAUUUUAGCAAGCUUUAAAGGAGGUUGGUCCAGAGAUUUUGAAUCCACCAUGAGGGAUCUUCGCCUUGCUAUUGUCCGUGUGAAUUCCACCCGAGUGGAUCUGUCUGUUGCUGAGGAGCUGUCAUCUUGGAUCAUGGCAGUUAUGCUGGUAGUGGCCUGUCUGGUGGGCUUAUGGUGCGUUUGCAAAAAGAGGUUUGCUCAAAGGCGGCAUGCAGCUAUGGUGGCGUAAGCAUUCAUAGCUAUGGAGGCUGGACAGUCCCCUCAUGUAUGGCUCUCCAUGAUGAAGGAAUAAUCAGCACGCUCAGGAUGCUAAGCACUGCACUCCGGGUCAGCUUCUAGCGGACCCAAGAAGAGCACGUCCGAUUGCAUACAGGUUGACAUCCCAGAUCCCGUCUCUGAGAAAAAGAUGUUGGACUGGUCUGACCCUCACAGGGUGAUGAGCCCUGCUGUGAGUCGGUACAAGGUCCUUAACAUGGUUUCAGAGAUCGGACCUCUACUCUUGCCUGUUGCGUUUGUAAAUGAAAUAAAAAAGGGAGAACUGUGGGGAGCUGCUUUGGAGCACCCUAAAGAUGGCGCCUGGCUGUGUGCCAGGCCUGCUGCUUGAUUAAUAAACAAGUCCUUAUUUGGAAGAGCUGGAGCGCCUAGUCUGCUUCUGCCUUAUUGCAACCUAUGAGCAUCUGCCAUGUGGCUCAUGUAGAUUGGCUCACUAUAGCAUAUUUAAGGGGUUUGGGAAGUGCCUCGGGGUCAGAAGAUUGUUCAAGGUUCCUGAAUAAGCUGCUUAAGGAAGAGUUUGUGUGUUGCGUCUUUCCUUGCUGGUCAAGAUAGGCAUGGCAAGUGGUGGCCCGUUCGGGGAACCAUCUCUUGCGACUCAGAACCUUUUGCAGUCUGGGCAGCCAGCUGGUAAGUUCCCAGGUAGGGAGGGACAAAAGGGAAAAGUCUUCGGGAUAAGAGGCUGUAAAGACUCAGUGUGGAGCGAUAAAAGAAUCGCUGAAGUGAGAUCUAAGCAAAAGUGAAAGUAAAAAUGGCACCCAAUUUUUUUGGCUCUUCAGGAGCUACUGAGUUCAAAAGGGUUGAAAUUAAAGAAAAGCACACUUGAGAGGUUCCUUGGUGAGAUUGAUCUAGUCGCCCCCUGGUUCGCCAUAUCAGGAAAUCUUACCGUGGCGAGUUGGGAAAAGUUAGGGAAAGACUUAGAUUUGGCUGAAAACAAGGUACUUUGAGAGCAGGAGUAUGGCCUGUGUGGAAACUGAUUAGAGGAUGUCUGGAGGAUCAAAGAUGUUGUAUAGCCUUAGAAGAAUGCCAGGCAGCUCUAGAACAAAUUAAAGAAGAGAGAUCUGUAAAGUCAGAGGCGGGCAUAACAAGUAGCAGUGAUGCCUCAGAGUUGGGGGAGGAGCUGGAGAGACUGGUUAAGCAAACGGAGAAGUCCUCUGUUAAAGAAAAGAGGAAGAAGAGGACUACCACCCAUGAUCCUGGACAUCCUUGCCACAGCCCCUCCUCCCUACAAUCCCUCGGAGGCUGCCUCUCAAGUUAGAUUAUUUUGUCCAGAAGUGUGGAGGCAAGUUCGCUUGGAACUAACUCUGGCCUAUCCUGUG